AUGAGUUACGACUUACAAACAGCCUCAUGGAAGGGCAAUAUAGAGGAUGUGGAGCAUCUUCUUGCAGAUGGAGCCAAUGCUGCUUCUGCAAAUCGCUGCGGUUGGAUACCACUACAUGCAGCAUCUUGGAACGGUGAUAUCCAGGUUGUCAGACUGCUUCUCGCUAAAGGCGCCCAUCCGACUGGCAAAAGUAAUAUUGGCUGGACGCCCUUGGAUGCGGCAUUUGCCAUUGGUCGCGUUGAUACCGUUCGACUUCUUUUUCCACAUGACCCUGACGCUGCCGCGGACUUCACUCCGACAUCUUUUAGUGACAUUCGAAAGUCAGGCGUCCUGGAGCUGGACAGUGAGAAAUUGGAGUUCAACAGCGCGAUAGCAUUAGGUGUCUGUAGAGAGAACUCUGCACUAGAGCGAAUGCCCGGAUGGGAAGGCACGUCAUGGGGAUAUCAUGGAGACGAUGGAAAGAAAUUUCAUUCUGCUUCACAAGGCCAGCCCUACGCAGAGAAAUUCGGAGAUGGGGACAGAAUAGGCUGCCGCCUCGAGAUGUCCAGUGGAAAUCUAGAGUUCCUUAAGAAUGGCCGAUCGCUUGGUGCGUCACUCCGAGAUUCGUGUUCAGCGUUUGCAUGGUGGCUGAUGAUCGUCCAGGAGUUGCAUUUACGAGUGUCCAUGGCUUUGUAUUCCCGGUGGUAG